CAUCACCACUCAUUUCCGAAAAAUAUAACCAAACCUCAAACAACAUACAUUCUAUUCUCUCUUCUCACAUUCAUAUUCACACUUCAAACAAUUUCCAUGCUUCUGAUCCCAAACACCAUUGCAGUUUCUCUAGAUUCUGCUUUCAUAUACAUUGUUCACGAGCACAAAUUCUCAGUCCCUUUUAUCUAAAACCACAACAUAGUAAAACAAAAAAACAGAACAGCUUCUGUUUGAAAAAUGGGUUCUGUCACUUUGCACAAACACAAACCAGAGAGAUUCAACAAAGUUCAGAAACAUAGUAAUCUACGAAAGAUUACGGAUUUGUUGAGGUAUGUAGAGAUGUGCGUUGUGCUGGUUUUGAUUUCUAGGCUCUCGUUUCAGCAACUACCAUUGGCUUUGAAGAAUUAUAGCGAGUAUUUUCGAGGGUUCGCGGUUAGUCCUGGAUUUGUUUUUAUGAUUGGGAAUGUUAUUAUCAUCACGCUUGUGGCUCAAUCAGGUCAUUUUUCAAAUGAUUCUUCGAAAACGAAAAGUUCGGAGCAUGAUUUGUAUCUCGAGUUUCUUCAGAAUAGUAACGUGUAUCAGAGAAUUCAAGGUUGUGAUCAGAGAAAACUAGGUGUGAAAGUGGAGAGUAACGUAAAGACUCGAAGCGUGGUGAAAGUUUCUGAGAAAGAUGAACAAGGGAUGGAUUUGGAAGUGAAGGAGUAUAGGAGGUGUCAAUCGGAAAUUGAGUUGGUGAGGGGUGUGGAUAGUGAUAAUGAGAAGGAACAGAAAGUGUUGCUAAGGUGUGAGAGUGAGAAUGAGAAAAGAAAGAAUGGAAGCAUUCAAGUUGAGAAAGAGAAGAAAAUGAUGGUGAAGAAUUUGAGUUUGUAUCCUGAAGAUGGAAUGAGCAAUGAUGAAUUUCGUCGCACUGUGGAAGCAUUCAUUGCACGACAACAGAAGCUACGAUGAGAGAAAAACAGAGGUUUUAUUCGUAGCUAAUUUCUAUGGAAUUUGUAUUGGGAAUUGGAUUGGAUUGGAUUGUAAUUUGUAAACUAAGAAGAUAGAACCUUUUUCUGGUUUUUGUUCUUUUUAAUGAACAAAGAAAUAUGUGAUGUAUUUUGUAUCAUCAUGUACAUUAAGAUCAAAAGGAAGUGUGUAAAUAACUUCUUGGAUGAUAAAAACUUGUGCUUAUUUA